AUGGCUGCGUGCAUACACAGAUAUUUACAAAGGAAAGUGCGCCGAUGCAUACAUCGUUUGUGUCUGUUUAAUAUUGCUUUUUUCGUAUGGAUCUUCUUCUUGAUAUCAAUCGUUUCGCUGAUGAUCACUUACAUUAGCCUUGUUGUAUAUCUUGAUGAUGAUGGACGGACAAGGGAUAAAGAGCAAGAUAUAGACUUCCCAGAUGUGGACGGCAUUGACGAGGCGCUCCUAAACCAAGAAGUCAAUCUAGACCCCAAUGAUUUUCCAUUCUCAUCCAGUAACCUCAUCUCAGCUCAAAUCAUUGACUCGUCCAAUAUUCAACUCAGAGGUUGGUGGAUGCCCCAGGUCAGAUGGAAUCCAGAGAUUGACUGCAGUCUACCGGACCAACCGGGGACCUGCGGAAAGGUCUUGAGUGUGAAAUGCAAGCCAGACAGUGUUAGAGCUAUUUAUCAGUUUUUACCUAUUAAUCCAGAUAUAUCAAUAAAAAGUAUAUACUUUCAUGCAAAAAGUGCAUCAUCCAAGUUGACUAAGGACAAACAAAUGUCUGACGAUGCAACCUACAGUGCAAUAGCAUUACUCAAAUACAGCGAUGAAUCAACUAACAGAAUGAGACUUGAUUUUCCUGCCGGGACACACCCAUAUUUAUCGGCCAAAGUAGACAAGGUCAUCCCAACAGAUAAAGUCCUUCAAAGUAUAACUAUCAUGCUAUGUUGCCAUGGUUACCAAGGAUCCAUCAAAUUUAUGGACGUCACAGUGCGACCAGCUACAGGCCAUGGUCAUCAAGUUCUACUCCCCAGGAACUUCCUGAAGCCGUGUCCGCAAUAUUUCCAUCCGGUUACGACUGUGACUCGCCCACCGUUUGAAGUAGAACAGUUUCUAACAGUAGAGACAAAAGCUGAUGAGGAGUCCUUUCCAGUAACCCUCGUGACUCAAGUUUCUCUCAAUAGAAUAGACCUCAUAGAAUCUACUCUCAGGGAUUGGCAGGGACCCAUCUCUAUCGCUCUCUACGUUCCAACGAAAUCACUCCAGCCUGAUGAAGACCAUAGUUGGAAACGGUUGUACAUCAAGAAGAAGUUAAAAGAUAGCCAUCUUCAUGGUAGAUGCAACAUGGUGGUAGUCUUUGCCAAAACAGUUGAGGAUGACUAUCCUGUCAACUAUUUGAGGAAUUUGGCGAUUAGGCAAGCCAAGUCCAAGUACAUUCUGCUCUUGGAUGCAGAUUUCGUUCCGUCCCCUGAGUUUCAGACAAGCUUCCAGUCCUCUUUAGACCAGAUGGAAAAACAGCCCUCGAUGGACCAGACAGCAUUUGUAGUUCCAGUCUUUGAAUAUUCACAAGAGGUUAUCAAGGAUUCUCCGUCCAAUCAUCCAAAAACCAAGCAGGAUCUGAAGGAUCGCAUGUUUGGCCAAGAUGCCGUUAUUUCUCCUUUUAUGCUGUCCACUGCUCCAGAAGCUCACCGACCCACGGACUACAGGGCUUGGUACUCCUCUACUCAACCCUAUAGGGUCAUCAAAUAUCAAGAUAAAUAUGAACCAUAUCUCAUAAUGAAAAACACAGUUGAUGUGCAGACAUUUGAUGAGCGAUUUACAGGAUACGGAAUGAACAAAGUGACAUAUUCCAUGGAACUCCAUGCUAGAGGGUAUGAGUUUGUUGUGUUACCCAGCGUGUGGGCCAUUCACGUUCCUCACCAGGAGAGUUCAGCCAAAUCUCGGUUUUUAUUGGACCCUCUCUACCGACUCCGAAACCGUGUCAAGCGCUUUGAGUUCGUGUCGGACAUUAUGAGAAAGUACAGUAUAGCAGGAUGCCAACAGGAAAGACACCAUUGAGUGCGAGACCUUGUAACUCUAGGUGGCAGCAGACAGAUUUCCAUUGUUUGCGUGGGUAGUUCUUCUUCUUCCUUCCUCCAAGUACUGACUCAAUUACAUGAGCAAAAUUGACGGGACGAGAGCAAGUGCAUUAAUUUACAGUGCAGUUAAAAAGGAAACCAAAACACAAUGGAUUUACCCGGUAAGUCUGCUGCCAACUCGCGCUCCAAAAGUCCCCAUUGGUUUUGGGUUGACUUUUAUUUCUUCUUCGUCUUUCGAGUUGUUGCCCUUGUCAUUCAUCAGGGCAACCAUUUGUCAGCCAUCUUCCUGAAGGUGAAUCCGAGACUCCAGUCCAAAUCGGCCCGUUGAGGGAGAGUCGGGGUGCAGUUGUGAAUGUGGUCGGCUAUCUGUGGGUCUCCUAAUUGGUAUGAGGGAGGAGGGUGCCAACUUCCAACUUUCUUUGCAUGCGUAAAGAAAAAACGGGCGACUCCCGUCGUCAAGCGAGUCAUGUGAACUGCUUUCACAGGAGCUGAUUUCACAAAGAGUUAAAACUAGUCCUAACUUAGGACUAAUCCCAGGAGAUAUGAAAAACUUA